AUGGCUAUAAAUUUCAAAGACGGUGUUAUUCUGGGAGCGGACAGUCGGACAACAACUGGUGCCUACAUUGCGAACCGAGUGACGGACAAACUGACGCAGGUCCACGACACGAUCUGGUGCUGCCGAUCUGGCUCUGCGGCCGAUACUCAAGCUGUCGCCGACAUUGUGGCAUACCAUCUGGGCAUGUAUGGUAUCGUGAACGAUGAGCCACCCACUACGCAGACUGCUGCGGCUCUUUUCCAAGAGCUAUGUUAUGAAAACAAGGACUUACUG